AUUCCCAAAUACCCCUCAACGUUAGUGGACUUGAUGAUAAGCAUUUCAAAAAACUUUCUCUUCUUCCGACCUCGUCUCUCUUCUUCCGUCCAUCGAACACCAAACCCCCAUCUUUUCUGCCUCUGCAUCUUUGACGUCACAGAGCACCGGCGACGCCCUCGCACCGCCAGAGCCGACGUCGCACACCAUCCCAUUGCUGAAACCGAACCUUAGCCAAGCUCUAAAUCGAAGCCCCCACUGAGAUAAAUGGUCGAAAUCGAAAAUUGUUAGUUGAAGAUGAAGCUUCCUGGAAAUAUGAAUCUUCUAUGAGUUUCACAAAGUUUGCCAUCAUUGUUCAACCAUAAUCCUUAUAACUUGCGAAAGCUGAUCAAAAGGCUAUAGCUAUAUGAAUGAACUCAAAUCCCCAAUAUCUUCGCCUGCUUCAAAAAUGUUCAACCAUGGAUCAACUCAAACAAAUCCACGCCCAAACCAUCACCACCGGACUUGCUCGAUUUACUUACAUAACCAGCAAGCUUUUAGCUUUCUCCGUGAUGUCCGACAUCGAUUAUGCGCACACAAUUUUCAACCAAACAAACACGCACACGCCUACCAUCUUCGAUUACAACUCUAUGAUACUGGGUUACUCUAAAACCUCAAAACAAGAAAUGGGUAUUCUACUUUACACUCAAAUGCCCAACAAUCAUAUCAAACCGAAUGCUCGUACUUUUCCUGUUUUGAUCAAAACAUUUGACUGUAUAUCUUCGUUGCUUCAAGUGCAUGGACAUGUCGUCAAAUUUGGAAAUGUUUGCGAUGUUUAUCUCACCAGCUCGCUUGUUUAUAUGUAUUCGAAUUUCAAAUCCGUUGAAUUAGCUAUACAGGUGUUCGAAGAAAGCUCGUAUAAAAACGUGGUUUGUUGUACGAGUUUGAUAACCGGGUGUUUCAAUAACGGCCUCGUUGAUAAAGCAUGUAAGGUGUUUGACGAAAUGCCUGAAAGAACGAUGUAUCAUAUAGUGCAAUGAUUUCUGGGCUUGUGAGAAACGAACUUUUCAACAAAGCAUUCGACUUGUUCCUCCAUAUAAAACACAAACACAGUGGCUUAGUGAGUCCCUAUAGGCCUCUUUUACUAACCAUCCUUACUGCCUGUGGUACAAUCGGAGCCCUAGAAAUAGGCCAAAACUGUUGUUUAUCAAACUAAAAGACACGCAAGGAAACCGACAAAUAAUAUUGUGAAUUAUAUGUCGAUUAGUUGCGAAUAAUAAAUUCAAUUAUUAUUAUUAAA